UAACACGGAGCUGUAGCUCUCAGACAGACAAGGUUGUCACUCAGCUCUCUGACAAUGCGGAAGUCCUGCUGCAUAAUACACGAGCAGAGGGAGCACUUUCACACAACUUGUUCUCUGAUCUAAGGCAGUGAAGAUUGCUCUAUUUCAGCAAUGCUGUGGAACUAAUGCCAAAAUAGAUGCUGAAGGAAAGCAAGUCUUACACAUCUCCAGGAUGAAUGAAUUAAGGCAUAUUAGAGUUGCAGAGACUCGAGUCCAGGACAAUAAGGAGAAAGGCGCAAAAUGUAACCAGGACUGGAUGGCAGCCCUCCCUCCCUGUUUAAGCACGUUACCUUUAUCCAAUUUGGCAAUACCAGGAUCACAUGACUCUUUCAGUUUUUGGGUUGAUGAAAAGUCUCCUGUUGGUCCAGACCAAACAACAUCAAUCAAGAGACUAGCUAAAAUCUCUCUGGUGAAAAAGGUGAUGAAGAAGUGGUCUGUUACCCAAAGUUUAACAUUUAAGGAACAACUUGAAUCAGGCAUUCGAUAUUUUGACCUACGUGUAUCUUCAAAACCAGAAGAAGCAGGAAGAGACAUUUAUUUUAUACAUGGUCUAUAUGGAAUAAAAGUAUGGGAUGGGCUGACCGAAAUAAACCAGUUUUUGACAUGUCAUAGCAAAGAGGUUGUUUUGCUGGAUUUCAAUCAUUUUUAUGCAAUGGAACAUGAGCACCAUAUAUAUCUUGUGAACAUGCUGCAGGAAGUAUUUGGAGAUAAACUUUGCAAGGCAGAUUGUGUAGAAAAUAUUACACUGCAGUAUUUGUGGGAAAAGGAAUACCAGGUUCUGAUUUUCUAUCAUUAUAAUAUAUGGAAUGAGUACACAUUUCUGUGGCCAGGAAACAAAAUGCCAGCUCCUUGGGCGAAUACAACAAAUGUGCACAAGCUAAUUCAGUUUCUAGAGACAACACUCGGAGAAAGAUCAAAACGAGGAACCUUCCAUGUUUCACAAGCAAUUCUUACUCCGCGUGUAAAAACUAUUGUCCGUGGAUUCAAAUCUGGACUAAAAAAUACACUUGUUCACAGGAACCUUCCAAUGAUUUUGAAUUGGGUAAAAGCACAGAAACCUGGUGCAGUGGGAGUCAACAUUAUUACCUCAGACUUUGUAGAACUGGUUGAUUUUGCAGAAACUGUAAUUGGGUUAAAUUAUAUGCUUUUACGAAGCAAUAGAUAUAGCAAUUAACUAGCAACUUCAUCUUGCAUAUUUCACGAGGAACACAACUCACUGCAGUGCAUGGACUGAAUUUUUUUACGUUGAUUUAGUUGAGCUGUACAUUGUGAAUUCAAACUCUCUGCAAGCAACUGGUAUUCAUUUAAUAAUGAAAUAUUCUGAAUAUUUCUACCUCUUUCAUUGGUCAGUGAUAUAGAUCCUGAUUAUUGCUUCAUACAAUUGUAUUUUACCAAUGAGGUAUGUUAUCUCAGCUAAGAGACGUGUCAGUGUCCAUAUCAUAGCAGUCAGAUGAAUUAUUGUAUGAGAAUUAUACAGUAUAAUUUCCACUAAUACAUUUAAUGUAAUAUAUAAGUCUGUAGGGACAUGGGAAUUAUAGUUAAGCUUUUGUUUUCAAAUAGUUUUCCAGUUUUUGUUUCGGUUGUCAAAUUUACCUUUCUCUUGGUAUCCUUUGUUGAAACUAGGCUCCUUUCCAUAAAAAGCAUACUGAGGUAUGCUCAGGAGUGUAACGUGUCUUGAGCACUACAUGGCAACAGCCUUUGUAGUCUCAAAAUCCAAGGUAAAGACACCACGUUUAUAUGGCGGCUACAAUGAAAAAGUGUUUCAUUUGAUUGAACAACUAGGCCUCAAUAAAAGCACUUGGGCAAAAUAGGGUUAAAUAUAAUUUUUUUUAGUAAUUGUUUAAAAAGAAUAUGCAUGGAACACAUCUUUCUCCAGGCUCUUAUACAUUUGACACAUACCUUGCCUUGUUGACAAUGAUUUCUCUAAGCCUUUGUAGAGGGAGCUUUAAAGGUCAUUACCUUCAGCCACUCUAUGGUAAAACUCUAUGGUACCAAUAAAUUAAGAUGUAUAGCUAGACACACUGUUUGUGUUCAUUCUUCUUUAUUAAAGUGUGCAUCCUUCUUUAGAAAGGAUGCACCCAGUGUGUGCAGAAGACAGAGCUGUGGGUGUUACCUGCUGUUGUAUUAUAUAACAUAACAACCCACACAGCUGACCUAUAAUGCUCAAGACUUGUACACACACCUUGACCUAUCUAAAUAUGCUCUUAUAGAAAGGACACCAAAGACAUUUGAUAACGGAAAUAAACUGAAUUAAACAAAACUUUAUUACGGAAAAUUAACUUUGGCUUCCAUGCCCCUUUACCUUAAAAAGUAUUUACAAUUACUUUUUACAUUUUGGUCAGUUUAAAAGACAAUAUAGAUAUUAAAACUGCUAUAUUACUGGCAGACUAUUUUUUUAUGAAAUGAAUUGCUUUCUAUUUAUCAUUCCGUACAGUGGUUAAUUGUGGUAAUGUUAAAAUACUAAAAUAAAGUAAUAUACACUAUUAUAUAGUAAUUUACUAAGAAACUAAAUUAUGAAUGUUUAGUGAAGUUUUUAUAUGUUAAAAUAUAGGUUAUUCUGUUUUAUUUAAUAUGGUGUUCCACUGGCUACAGUUUUUAGGUUAUUUUUUGUUUGUUAAUAUAAAUAAAAUUAAAUUAAGUUACAAAUACUAAGCAUUUGAACCUAACAAUAAAAUUAUAUAUAACCAAAUAUAUUGCGUCUCUUGGUAUUGUUUCUGUUAAAAUCUUUGAAUCCCUACCGCAUUGUACUCCACAGUAUUAUACAAAGAACUCUAUUAUGAAUGCCCAUGAUAAAAAUAAAAUUAAAUGUAAAUAAACAUACAAAUAAUAUAUUA